UUUGUUCUUUCUGCCUCUUUCUCUUUUCUUUUUUUUUUUUUUGUGUUCCAUUUUAUGCUUUCAGGUAAGCCGUUUCUUUGCCUAUUGAAUCAAACACACGAGUCAAUCAGACCAUGAAUUUAAAAGAGAACUGUCAUACAAACUAUGAAUAACUCAUAAUAAUAGAGUUUUCUAGUAACUUGAUGCAUAAAAAAGACGACAUGCCAAAAAGAAAGCGAUCAAGAAGCCAAAGUGGUGGCCUAGAUAGAAAAGACGACCUAAACUAUGUUGACGAAGACAGUGAAUUAUCUUCUGGCGAUGAUGCUUUAAACACAAGUGAUCUUGAAAGUCAUCAUCCAAGCCCUGAUCACCAUGUAAGGAAAAGAGGUCGACCCAAGUCGCAUCACUAUGGUUCAAGGGAAGACAGACAUGCGAGGUCACAACAAUCAUCUGCAUCAUCGAAUCUUUCGAAUCACAGUUAUCAUCCUCCAACUACACCCAGUGGCUAUAUAAGUGAUAUUGAUGAAUCAGGAGAAACCAAGGUCGAUAAAUACGGUCGGUUGCUUGGAGGGCGUGAAUACCGUGUUCCUACAUUUACCUUGCCUACAAGAGACAAUACGUUAUUCAUGUUUUCAAAAGAUCCAGCUGCUUUGUUAGGAUUUCGAGAUAGUUUUGUGUUCCUAAAGAAGAAUGUCAAGCUCAUCAAGGUGCAUAUUGAUAAUGCUGAAAAAGGCUAUUUGGUUGAUUCCAAUCUGCUUCGAUCUACAUUUCGUACGCGUGAAAUAUCUGUUGUGACAGCUCGUUCUGUGUUUAAACAAUUUGGACAUCGUAUCAUUCGAAAGGGACGUAAAGGAAGAGAUGAUUAUUAUUACACAGAUGAAGUAGAUGAAGGAGAAGAUGAGCCCUCUGAUGAAGAACCGCCUAAAGACAUGCUUGAUAAGCCAGUACCUGCUUCUUCUUUCUUGCCUGCUAAUCUGGAAGUAGGCCGAAACAAUUUGAUUCAUCAAUUGACAGCACAAGAUACAACAACCACUGAAUUGAAUUGGUUGCAUCAUGCAGCAGUCUCAACAAGACAGUUCAAUACCUCUUUAUUUUCUUAUCGUCGUGCUAAUCCAACCAAUUAUGAUUUACUGACAAAUGUCUAUCAAAUACCUGAAAAUAGACAAACACUUAGAAAUACAGAAGAAAAGACGAAUACCCUCAACAGUGACAUCCCUAUGGAUUUCAAUCUUGCUAUGAUGAAUCAUCCCAAAAUGGAGUUGAAUUUCAAUCAUAUUUAAAUUAAAGACUUUAUAAACCUA